AUCAAGCACCUAGGCAUGAAGACUGCUUCUACUAACAUUUGUGAAAGAAUGGGUUGCUCUCAGGAGCUCAGUGAAUUCAAGCGUGGUACCACCAUAGGUUGCCACAUGUGCAAUAAAUCCAUCUGUGAAAUUUCCUUGCUACUAAAUAUUCCACAGUCAACAGCUAGUGGUAUGAUAACAAAGUGGAAGCAACUGGGAACAACAGUAGCUCAGCCACAAAGUGGUAGGCCAUGUAAAAUGACAGAGCGGGGUCAGUACAUGCUGAAGCGCACACUGCACAGAAGUCACCAACUAUCUGCAGCGUCAAUGGCUAAAAACCUCCAAACUUUGUGUGGCCUUCAGAUUAGCACAACAACAGUGUGUAGAGAGCUUCAUGGAAUGGGUUUCCAUGGCCCGAGCAGCUGCAUCCAAGCCUUACAUCACCAAGUGCAAUCACCCAGUGGUGUAAAGCAUGCCGCCACUGGACUCAAGACCAGUACUUGCCUGACUGCACUGUGCCAAGUGUCAAAU